AUGUCUAAUUCCACCUCAGUUGGAUCAAGCCAGCUUACAGCUACGACUUUAAAUCUAGUCGAUACACCCGUUGCGACAAUCAACUUGACAUUACCUGGGACCCAGCCUCGUACCGACGCAGGCACACCUACCCAAGUAGCCAACACAACACUCAUCGCUAUCCCAUACCUAAACGCGAAUCCACAACCAUCCAUCGCAGUGGCAAUCAAUGUCGUCGAGUAUCCUUUGGCUCUCACUACCAGUACUACGUCAACCUCCAAUUCGAGUGCUUCAACACAUUGUCCCCGGCCGUCUCCAUCUGGUAUAUCUUCAGGAACUAUCGCUGGGGCAUCUGUAGGGUGUCUCCUGGGUGGCCUUCUCAUCGGAGCAAUUGUGGUACUCGCGUUCUUGCGUCGAAAGCACCAGGAAGAUGGAACGAAUUUCAAGAAGGAGAAGCCUGUGCUGACAACGGAGUCAAAGAUUUACAGCGAGCCUCGUUCUGGCCAGUCGAGCAACGACAUUGACCUGAGCCAAUUCCUCUUAGAUGCAACCCCCGACAAGGAAAUCGCCGAUGAAUUCCGUUCUUUGAGCGAACUUCUACGAUCUCACAUUGAGAACCACUAUCAUCUACAGCCGUUACACUCUCCGGCUUCUUCACUGGUCCAGAGCAUUCGCGGACUGGAAUUGCCCCAGGCUUCGGGGUCAACUCCCGAAAGUGUAGCCGCCAUGUGUGCCAAUCCGAUCAGUCGACAAAUCGGGCUUCAGCACAUCGUUUCUACAACCAUUCUCAACAGCGUGGACUUCCACUCAAAGAGCCGAUUCUCUGUACUUCCUGAACCAGUGACAAACUUUCUCCGCUCUAUUCCACAGGACAGCCAACACUACAACUCUACGAAACUUUUUGCAUUAUCACAGUGGCGUAAACUGUCGGCGUUUCUAUUGCAUCCGAGUCGCAACCAACGAACUCCCCUUCCAAUGGCCGACUCGGCGGCAGCCCAGCAGGCUACUGAUCUCGCCGCUGUUCUUCAAGACUUUCUUAAACAUUUCGUUCAUACAGACCAGAUCAGGCAGAGGGAACAGACGGAUCACCUUCAGGCAGUGAUUUUAGAAUGUGCAAAGUUUGGUUGGUUGGUAAUGUCGCAGCCCAGCGACUGGCAUUUCAUGUAUGGCGAGGGUCAGGGAAACUCGGGCAUGAGGAUGCUGGUCGUGUUCCCUGGCCUUGAUAAGUCAAGUGGCAAGGAUGGAAAGUUGUACCGGUCACCUCAUCAGGUCGUAGCACCUGUGGUAGCACAAGUUUGA